CGGAGGCGGCAGCUGCGGUGGGUGUGUAUGGUCUGAAACAAAUGGCAGUGCGGAUAGGGAUCGCUACAGCCGUCCCUCCUUCCUCUCCCUUCUCGAAAUCCCUUCUUCCUACUCCCACUAAUCAUAUAGUACUCGUCGGGAGCACUCUAUCCCGUACUCCUCUCCCCCUCUGUGCUCCUUCGCCUAGGACUCGUCGGUCCAUCCGCUCGUCUCAGCCGGUCGCUACUGCAGAGGAUGUCCCCACCACCUCCUUAGUUCCUGGUACGGGUGUCGAAAAUUUAGUAAUCAUAGGUUCUGGUCCUGCUGGAUACACAGCGGCAAUUUAUUCAGCUCGUGCAAAUUUGAAGCCUAUAGUAUUUGAAGGUUAUCAAGUUGGUGGUGUUCCAGGAGGGCAGUUGAUGACUACCACUGAAGUUGAGAAUUUCCCUGGUUUUCCUGAUGGAAUAAGUGGCCCUGAUCUGAUGGAUCGGAUGCGUCGGCAAGCGGAGCGCUGGGGUGCAGAGCUUUUCCAAGAAGACGUGGAAUUUAUUGAUGUGAAGAGCAGUCCCUUCACCAUACGGAGCAGUGAACGUGAGGUCAAGUGCCACAGUGUUAUUGUGGCCACUGGAGCCACUGCAAAACGGCUCAAGCUGCCACGUGAAGAUGAGUUUUGGAGUAGAGGAAUAAGUGCAUGUGCAAUCUGCGAUGGGGCAUCACCACUUUUUAAGGGGCAAGUUCUUGCAGUUGUUGGAGGUGGUGAUACAGCCACAGAGGAAGCUCUAUAUCUCACUAAGUAUGCACGUCACGUGCAUUUACUUGUUCGUAGGGACCAACUUCGGGCAUCCAAAGCAAUGCAAGAUAGAGUUUACAACAAUCCAAAUCUUACUGUGCACUUCAAUACGGAAGCUGCGGAUGUCGUUAGCAAUAGCAAAGGCCAGAUGUCUGGUAUUUUAUUGAGAAGGCUGGAUACGGGCGAGGAAUCAGUCCUUGAGGUGAGAGGCCUAUUUUAUGGUAUAGGUCAUACACCUAACAGCCAAUUGUUGGAAGGCCAAAUUCAACUUGAUAGUUCUGGCUAUGUGUUAGUUCAAGAGGGUACUGCAAAAACUUCUGUUGAAGGUGUCUUUGCAGCUGGAGAUGUUCAGGAUCAUGAAUGGAGGCAAGCCAUAACUGCGGCUGGAUCGGGAUGUGUAGCUGCUUUAUCUGUUGAGAGAUAUCUCACGAGCAAUAAUCUUCUUAUUGAAUUUCACCAGCCUCAAACUGAAGAAGUCAGGAAGGACCUCUCAGACAGGGAUGUACAGAUGGGUUUUGACAUCAGCCUUACCAAGCACAAGGGUCAGUAUGCGCUACGAAAAUUGUACCAUGAAAGUCCAAGGCUGAUUUGUGUUCUAUAUACAUCACCAACAUGUGGUCCAUGUAGGACUUUGAAGCCCAUUUUAAGCAAGGUCAUAGAUGAAUUUGAUGAAAAUGUCCAUUUUGUUGAAAUCGACAUCGAGGAAGACCCAGAAAUUGCAGAAGCGGCAGGGAUUAUGGGCACGCCAUGUGUGCAGUUUUUCAAAAAUAAGGAAAUGCUCAGGACUGUAUCGGGUGUGAAAAUGAAGAAAGAAUACAGAGACUUUAUUCUGUCAAAGAAAUGAGCGGAGUGGAGCAGGCAUGCAUUUAUUGCUUCUGCAUUCAUAUUCAAAUUCAAUUUUUGCUUCUUCCAAACAGGAAUGAGUUAUAAUAUGCCCUUUGUUGUAUUUUUACCAUGAGCCCUUGACGGUUAUUCAUGAAAGCUCGAGAAUGUACAUCCUGUUGGGAUACGUAUCAUUGAAAAUUGUGAUUUUGAUUUUUCAAUCAAACCAUUUGCCUCAACA